GAAAGGAUGAUAGAACGUUGGCAAGGCGAGGCAGGUUGGCGAAGACGUUGGUAGGACAAACUUGAAAGAGGAGUAACGAAAAGAGAGAAAAGAAACGGCCCUGUUAACUGGAAUCGGUAGGGAGGCAAGGUGAAGCGGAUAAUCACGAAGAGAGAGAUGGGCAGAAGCAGGCAGAGACAGGUGCCCAUUCACGCACGUGUGUUCUCUUUUAAGCGGUACUGUAGAUGAUGCUGGAAAGACGAAGAAGACCACGAGGAGGACCGGCCGGCUUCCUUGUGUCGGCGAAGGAUACUUACAUUCACUCUACAAUCAUGCCACACUUGCGGCUCAACGAACAUAGUGGGGCAAAACUCCAACGGCGUAGUCUUCAUCAUCCGACUUUCUUAGAAAAUUUGAUACAAUUACUUUUCAUACUUGUUACGUAUAACUUUUAAUUCAUCUUCUCUUUUACAUCUUAUUAUGAGACUAAGUUCUUUUUAAAUAAUUUCAAGAUUAAUUUUUCAAAGAUCUUUAAUUGACAACGCGAUGUAUUAUGAUAUUGUAUUUAAUAAUAAGUUUCUUACCAUUUUAACAUAAGUUGUAUACAUGGAAUUAAUUUCGUAUCAACUACAACUCGGUGAACGAUAACAUUCCAACUAUCUACUACAUACGCAGAUAUUUCUUCUAACAAGUUCCUUAUAUCAGCGAUUUUUUUGUCUACAGUGUCAUCUUUCUACCCAUGUAUAACAUGUUGUACGGAAAAUAUGUAGGCGUUGAAGUCUCCACGAAUACCUGUUCAUGAUCAAAGUUACAUUGCAUUACGGUUGCGUUAGAACUUGGUAGAUAUAUAACUUUUUAAUCAUUUUGUUAAACGUUGUAUCUUUUUGUUAGAUAAAAAUGGUAUGCAUGUAAGAAUUCUAAGGAUUACCAAAAAGCUUACAAAAAUGAAGACAUUUGCGAAGACUAAUUCGCGACUACGCCGCUGAUCUGGACCAAAGGGGCCAGGACGAACGAUGGGUGGGAAAAGAAAUGGAGAAGGGGAAGGGCUACCCAUUCGGUAGCAAAUGCUGGUAAGCCGUCGCAAGGUCAAGAUCAGUUGGUUAAUCUCAGCCAGUCAACCAAGGGUCUUGCACCUAACAUAACGAACGACCUGAUUCUUCGCGCUUCUAACGUCAUCCGAGUUUCUACGAGUCUAACAUUUUAUUGUAGUUAAAACGAUUUAGUAUAGUGAUUCCAAAAUAGAUAAAUAUUAAAAAGAAUUAAAAUUAUUUCGAGUUACAGUGAAUAACAAAUUGAAUAAUAUUAAUUAAUUAUUUGAUGAUUUUACUCAAUAAACACAGAUUAUUUUAAAAAAUUGCUGAUUAUGUUGAUCCAUCAACGAUCUUGUAUAUAUGUAUAUGUAGAAUAAUCAAAAUACCAGCGUAAAUCUUACGAGUUAUCAUAAUUAAUCCAGUUAAAGUAAAAAGAAUUCGUCUGGUUGGAAGAUAUUUUCUAUUUUUCGUUUUCUAUAAAACAGGAAAUCACUCUUUGCGCGUGAAGAACUUCUUCGUGAAGUGUUUACGGUAGAAAUUAAAACAGUAGUGAAAUUCUUCAGUACAUAUUUAGUGGGUUUUCUGUUAUGGAAACUUGCGUACUGAUACCGAAAGAGUUCUCGUUAGUUCUUGCCAGUGAUCAGUCCGCAUGUAAAAAUGUUUAUAAAAAUGAUUCGGACUCGUUUGUUACAAAUCUACGAAUAUCGGUGUGGUCUAAUGUCUUCAUUCCAUUGGGCACACUUAUCUAUCCGUUUCAGGGAUCAAUUAGGUUCGAUAAAAUUGAUCUGUACUCUCUUCUCGAUGACAACGACAUCAGACGCGAGUACGGUUGCUAUGACGAAGUCUUUUCGAACUACAAUCUUAACAAGCGUCAGUGUAACUGGAUAAGGUUUCUUCAUAUCAUUCAAGCAGAUGACGAACAAGUUAAUCUUAUUGGAACGAAGGUAAAGGGUGAGCCGAUCUUUGAAGUUAUCAAAGAUGUUCAACCAGAUACUGAAUUAAUAGCUUGGUUUCCACCAGUAACAUAUCCAGAUUUUAUUUUUAUUUCUCACGAUAUGUGUAUGAGAUCUGCACUUUACAGAUGUUUGAUCGAUAGUAUCGUAGAUGAAUCACCUUUGGAUUUAUCCAUGGCAUUACUUUCUCAACACAUAUCACCAUCGAUACAGCACUCUUAUUAUGAACCUGAUGAAUAUGAAUCAACCUCCGAGGAAUCAUCAUCAUCUACAUUAUCAUUAGUUGGUGAUCAUCUUGAUUGUAGUAUUUUAACCACUAUAAAGAGAGGUGACAAAGUACUUUUGCCAUGCGAAGUAUGUGGUAAAUCUUUCGAUCGUCCAUCACUUUUGAAAAGGCACACUAGAACGCAUACUGGAGAGAAACCACAUGUUUGUAUGGUAUGCAGUAAAGGUUUCUCGACAUCAAGUUCUCUAAAUACACACAAGCGUAUUCAUAGCGGUGAAAAACCUCAUCAAUGUCUCGUAUGUGGCAAAAAAUUUACGGCAUCUUCGAAUCUUUAUUAUCAUAGGAUGACUCACAUCAAGGAGAAACCGCACAAAUGUUUGCAAUGCUCUAAAUCUUUCCCAACUCCUGGAGAUUUAAAGAGUCAUAUGUACGUUCAUAACGGAUUAUGGCCAUUUAGGUGUCAAAUUUGUAAUCGUGGAUUCAGUAAACCAACGAAUCUAAAGAAUCAUAUGUUAUUGCAUCUUGGAAGAUGUUCGAAUAAAAAAUUCAUUGAAUCGAUUCCAGACUUGUGACUUUUUAUGACAGUAUAUUAGUCACUAGUCGCAUAGUGAAAAGGUAAUGAAUAUUUUAUUAACGUAAUCUGCGCACUUAUAUUAUUUAUAUUAAUUAUAUUCGAUUUUCGGUGCAUAUAUAUUUCUCAAACAUUAUCAAAAAUAAAUAUAUUUUUAAAGAAAAACUAAACAAUGGAAGGCAAAUCGUUGAGCAAAUAACGUUUUAUUGUUCAAAAAGUUAGUGUUACAAACAACCUUGACGAGGUGCUUAAGUCAAUUUGUAUUCCAUUAUUUGCUAUUUAUUGUUACCUAGAAUAUCGCAUAAGAAUUUAGAAUUCGACUUUUGCUAACGAUAAAUAAUAUAAGUUAAUGUACUCAAUAACCAAUAAAUUUAAUAAGACAAAUGAAGGACAGUUUGUGCAAUCGAGACGGACAGUUUGUGCAAUCGAGACGAACACUUUGGUAGGCUUAAAGCCAAAUGCAAUUUUUACGUUGUUAUUAUCUAAGCGCAUUGAUUGUAAUUAAUUUGUUCUUAGAGUUUUUCUUCUUUUUUUUCUUGUUUUUUUUUUGUUACACAAUAUAUCGAUGCAAAGUAUAAAAUUAUACGAUAAUUUUAUCUUUUCUUUUGUAAUUAUUCUGUCGAACUGAACAGAUUUUGGAAAAUGUAUGUAUAUAGAUUGCACUCAUUUUUUUUUUUUUUUUUU